UCAAGUCUUUCCAUCAACUAGCUGUACAGCACUUUGAGCGGUCCAGUUCUCAAACUUGUUCUUCGUCUUAUUCAGACAAGUUGUCAUUGUUUAUUUUAUUCUCCAUUCAUAUAUUUAGCCUAUUCUCAAGUCAUUCAUCUUGUUGUUCAGACACAAAAGCAACUUAUUCUCUAUCCUUUUCAAAAAUGCGUCUAACCAAUCUUCUCUCAUUGGUCUUCUUGCUUCUCCCCGUGAGCGCAACUGUUGUCUCUGCGCAGAUUUGCUUGGAAAACUUUGGAACUUUUAGACCAGGUGGUACUUUUGACAGGAACCGUCAACUUAUCCUCUCGUCUCUUGCAUCUGAGGUCACAGCUCAUGAUGGUUUCUUCAACGGUUCCACUGGGAAAGAUCCUGACCAAGUCUAUGCCAUGGGGAUGUGCAUCCCAGGCGCUAAACAGGAGCUUUGUUCAGAGUGUAUCAAGGCCUCGUCUGACCAGUUAAGACUGAGUUGUCCCAACCAAACAGCAUCAUUUUAUUGGUCAGGUGGAGGUAAAACUCUAUGUAUGGCACGCUACUCUAACAGGCCAUCUUUUAGUCAGUUUUAUACUGAUCCACCUUCUAUUGGUUACAAUACUGGAGAUCUCAGGACAAAUUUAACAGCUUUUGAUAAGUUAUUGGCACGAUUAUUAGUUCGUAUGGUGUCUGAAACUUCGUCAUCAUCAGGAAAGGAUUUAUCAGUUUCUAACAGUAGAUUCUACGUAGCUGAUGUAGCAGCCUUGACAAGUUAUCAAAUGAUAUAUGCCUUGAUGCAAUGUACCCCAGACGUCUCUCCCUCCAGCUGUAACACAUGUUUACGGCAGAGUAUUGAUAAUUAUGUGGAUUGCUGUCGUGGGAAACAAGGCGGCUAUGUGUAUCGGCCUAAUUGCAUUUUGCGGUGGGAUCUGUACCCCUUCGACGGCGCCUUUGAUCUUCUUUCGAAAGCACCUUCUUACGAACCUGAGCUGCAACCCCCACCUCCCCUCCUGGCCAACAAAGGUGAAAUGGAGUUCAAAAACGAGGUGCUUCUUGUGGCAAAGCUUCAGCACCGAAAUCUCGUUAGGCUUCUUGGGUUUUCUCUGCAUGGAGAAGAAAAGAUACUCGUCUAUGAGUUUGUUCCCAACAAGAGCCUCGACUAUUUCCUUUUUGACCCAACAAAGAAGUGUCAGCUAGAUUGGAUAAGAAGGUACAACAUCAUUGGAGGGAUUACGCGAGGGAUUCUCUAUCUUCAUCAAGACUCAAGGCUAACCAUUAUACACCGUGACAUUAAAGCAAGUAACAUUCUAUUAGAUGCCGAUAUGAAUCCCAAAAUAGCCGAUUUUGGAAUGGCUAGAAAUUUCAGAGAUCAUCAAACCGAAGCCAAUACAGGAAGAGUGGUUGGAACCUUCGGUUACAUGUCUCCAGAAUAUGUGACGCAUGGCCAAUUCUCUACCAAGUCUGAUGUCUAUAGCUUUGGAGUAUUGGUUCUAGAGAUUGUUAGCGGCAAAAAGAAUAGCAGCUUCUAUCAGAGGAAUGGUUCAGUUUACAACUUGGUAACAUAUGUUUGGAGGCUUUGGAAUAGUGAUUCACUUUUAGAACUCAUUGACCCCACGAUGGGGGAAAGUUAUGAAAAAGAUGAGGUUAUUAGAUGCAUCCAUAUUGGACUAUUAUGUGUUCAAGAAGCUCCUUCAGAUCGUCCAGCCAUGUCAACAGUUUUUCAGAUGCUUACCAAUAGCUCCAUAAUUCUACCUGUGCCUCGGUCACCUGGAUUUUUCUUUAGGAACAAACCCAAUUUAGACCCUUUAACAUAUUUAUCUGAGCCGGGCGAAUCAAGCAGUAAGUCUGUUCCUUGUUCUAUCAACAAUGCAACUAUCACAGCUGUCACUCCUCGUUGAAACUCUUUGCAUUUUCACUCUGUAAUAUAACCACAGCAAGUUAUCACCC